AGCCAAUACAUGCACAUUGCAGAACUAGACACCAGAAUGUCUAUUAGGCCUAUCUACAACAACUCCCGGUGGGCUUUUUGACAAGGCAUCAUCUGAAUAUCUACGUCGUCCGGUCCGAAGCUUCCUGCGCAACAUCCUCCAUUUCCAUGCCUCUUUACCUCGCUUCACCAGUGUUUUCUUCCACUUCUGCCUCAGGAGCCUCCGAUACCGGCUUUUAUCCCCUGAUGCACCCCCUACUACUUCCUUCUGUACCUUCCACAUCCGCCGCUGGGUAUCCAGGAGUUUCUGCUGAGACAGCAGAUCCUUUGCAGGGCUCGUGUGGCCUUCUUUCGCUAAGAAGGAUGCGAGGCGUCGCCGAACGCGCUCAUCGACCACAGACGGGCCCCAUCGCUGCUUGAAAGCAGCCACGAGCUCACUCC